CCGCGUUGAGCUCGAGUGAGCGUAUCGUUUCGUCUUUUCGUAACUUCUUGGCCUCCUUGGCAUUCCAUACGCUCUGGCGUCUAGGUCUCGCUCGACAACUUAUACAGGCGACUUCUCACAGGACUAGCCGUGGAACGCGGGAUCCGAAUCCACAUGCUUGAAUUGCGCUUCGAUAUCUGACAUGGCCCGUAGAUAAGAUGAACAGGCUCUGGCAGCGCUGAGAGGACCAUAUAUGCGUUCGAUACGGAAGUGGUGGUCUCGGGGGUAGCAACCCUCAGACGAUGCAAUGCGUGGACUCCAGCGACGAGAAGAACUUUGCAGUCACGGCUGAGGUUGAUGAAGUAUCCCUGGAUGACCUCGAAUACAAGGAUGAGGCGCUCAGGUUGGUAGGCAUGGAGCGGAAGACAAAUUUCAGCGAGGAGUUUUACCUUAAAGUGCGGCGAAAGCUGGACUACACAAUCCCUCCGCUAUGUGGUGCGGUGUACUGCACGCAAUAUUUGGACAAGACCGCUCUCAACUACGCCAGCAUCAUGGGAUUCCCAGUGACGGGUCAAGAAUACAAUAUUGUCGCAUUUUCCUUCUACGUCGGCUUCGUAAUCUGGGUCUUUCCUACCAUGUACAUCUCCCAGCGAACGCGUCUUGCCAAAUAUCUAGGUGUCAACAUUGUGCUAUGGGGAAUCGUUUUGCUCCUUCACGUCAUCCCCAACUCAUUCGGACCGUUUUUUGCUCUAAGGCUAUUGUUAGGCAUGCUUGAGAGCUGCGUGGCACCUACUCUGAUUUUGAUGAUCUCUAUGUUCUACAAGAAGGAUGAACAAGCGUCGAGAAUAUCAUGGUACUACCUUAUGAACGGUUUCUCCUCAAUUAUCGGUGGAUUCCUCGCAUAUGGUGUAUCUUAUGCAACGCAUGCGAGUAUUCCUUCGUACAAGGUCAUGUACCUCAUUCUCGGAUCUCUCGCGAUUUGUGUCGGCAUUGCAGUACUACUGUUCAUGCCCGACUCGCCAGCGCACGCUAUGUUCCUCACUAGGGAAGAGCGGAUAGCUGCCGUAGAGCGAAUCCGAGAUGACCAAGGGGGCACAGAAAACAAGGUCCUGAAGAAGGAUCAACUGAUCGAGGCACUCGUGGACAUGAAGACCUGGCUCAUCGUUCUGUCUACUCUUCUAACAAACAUCCCCAACGGAGGUCUCGCGAACUUCAGCAACAUCAUUGUAAAGAGUUUCGGUUACACAACCAAGCAGACACUGAUUCUGUCUACUCCUGGUGGUCUGAUUGCCGUCAUCACGACCGUUCUCGUUGGAUGGUGGUCGGAUCGAUCGGGAGAACGGAUGCUACCAAUAGUCUUCACCUUAGUACCCACCAUAGUCGGGGCUGCGAUGCUGGUUGCCUUAAAUGGCUUAGAAGAAAAAGGCCCUUUAUUAUUCGCGUCAUACAUAAUCGGCACGUACGGUUCAUCACUCUCGCAGAUAUAUGCCUACAAUGCUAGCAACACAAGCGGACACACCAAGAAAGUGACAGUCAACGCGAUGACACUGGCUGCCUUCUGCGUCGCGAACAUCGUCGGGACAGAGACGUUCCAGGCCAAGGACGCACCAGGAUACCUCCCAGGUAAAAUAUCUGUCCUGACUCUUCUCAGUGCAGAAGUCUUUCUUUGCCUAUUCAUGCGACGGUACAAUAUGUAUCUGAGGAAGAAGAAGGAGAAAGGUAUUGCGGAGCUGAGACGUGCGAACGGCUGGACGGAUGAGGAUAUCGAGCGGGAGAGGCAGCGUCAUGCGUUCAUAGAUAUGACGGAUAAGCAGAACCCGUAUUUCGUCUACACUAUGUAGUAGUGGUAGACGGAUCGUUCUCUUAUGUGUAAUAGUUCUACCAAGUCGUGAUCAGACACGAGGAUUUCACCUCCACUAGAAAACACCUUAAAC